AUGGGGACUGAUGGUGAAAACCCGGUCCUGAGGAGUGUGGUCAUCAGCUUCAACUUGCUUCUGCUGGGCGCUGUCCUCAAGCCUUUUGAGUGCCGUCUGGAGAUGACGACAGAGACGGCCGAGAGGAGGGCGGUGGAUGAGGCGGGUGGCCUCGCCAACUGCAGCCCACCUAUCAAAGAGCAGCCCAUGGUCUUCCACCACAUCUACAACAUCAACAUCCCUCUGGACAGCUGCUGCUCAUCCGUGUUCAAGUCUUCGGCCGAGGAGGUGAGUUCAGAAGACGACCGGCUGGCAGAGUACACGGAGCAGACCUCCGACAGCGAGAGCCAGGUCACCUUCACCCACAGGAUAAACAUGCCCAAGCAGGCCUGCAAGUGCUCCACCUCCCUCCCGUCCCUACAGGAGCUGCUGAGCAGGAUUGAGAUGCUGGAGAGGGAGGUCUCCAUCCUCCGGGACCAAUGCACCUCCAAUUGCUGCCAAGAAAAUGCAGCCACAGGGCAGCUGGAUUACAUCCCGCAGUGCAGCGGCCACGGGAAUUUCAGCCUGGAGUCGUGCAGCUGCGUGUGCAUGGAGGGCUGGGCAGGCAGCAACUGUUCCGAGCCCCGCUGCCCCGGGGGCUGCUCCAGCCGCGGCGUGUGCCUGGAGGGCCAGUGCAUCUGCGACAACGACUACGGGGGCGAGGACUGCUCCCAGCUCCGCUGCCCCGCCGGCUGCGGCUCCCGCGGGCUCUGCGUGGACGGCGAGUGCGUGUGCGAGGAGGGUUUCACCGGGGAGGAUUGCUCCCAGCUGCGCUGCCCCCGCGACUGCUCGGGCCGGGGCCACUGCGUGAACGGCACCUGCGUGUGCCAGGAGGGCUUCGCCGGCGAGGACUGCGCAAGGCUGCACUGCCCCAACGCCUGCAGCGGCCGGGGCGUCUGCCGGGAUGGGCUCUGCGUCUGCCAGGGAGGCUAUGACGGGCAGGACUGCUCAGCAGUGUCUCCUCCUGAGAACCUGCGGGUGACGGGGAUCAGCGACAGCUCCAUCGAGCUGGCUUGGGACGGCCCCGGGGCAGCCACCGAGUACGUGGUCUCCUACCAGCCCGCGGUGCCAGGGGGCACCCAGCUCCAGCAGAGGGUGCCUGGGGACUGGAGCAGCAUCACCAUCACGGAUCUGGAGCCAGGUGUUGCCUACAAUGUCAGCAUCUAUGCAGUCAUCAGUGACGUCUUCAGCAUCCCCGUUACCUCCAAGGUGAUGACUAACCUCGCCACACCGCAGGGGCUGAAGUUCAAGACUGUCACAGAGACAACGGCAGAGGUGCAGUGGGAGCCCUUCUCCUUCCCCUUCGACGGCUGGGAGAUCAGCUUCAUUCCCAAGAAUAAUGAGGGUGGUGUGAUUGCCCAGCUCCCCAGCACUGUCACCACCUUCAACCAGACGGGGCUGAAGCCAGGGGAGGAGUACACCGUCACCAUCGUGGCCCUGAAGGAACAAGCCAGAAGCCCUCCCACUUCCGACAGCGUCUCAACCCUCAUCGACGGCCCGACGCAGAUCCUGGUGCGGGAUGUCUCUGACACAGUGGCCUUCGUGGAGUGGACCCCGCCGCGCGCCAAGGUGGAUGCCAUCCUGCUGAAGUACGGGCUGGCGGAUGGGGAGGGCGGCAGGACCACCUUCCGCCUGCAGCCCCCCCUUAGCCAGUACUCCCUGCAGGCCCUGCGCCCCGGCGCCCGCUACCACCUCGCCGUCAGCGCCCUCCGGGGUGCCAACGAGAGCCGGCCAGCCUUUGCCCAGUUCACCACAGAGAUCGAUGCCCCCAAGAACCUGCGGGUGGGCUCGCGGACCCCCGCCAGCCUCGAGCUUGCCUGGGACAACAGCGAGGCCGAGGCGCACAGCUACAGGGUGGUCUACAGCACCCUGGCCGGGGAGCACUACCACGAGGUGCUGGUGCCGCGCGACACCGGUCCCACCACCCGGGCCACCCUCGCAGAUCUGGUGCCGGGAACGGAGUAUGGCAUCGGGAUUUCAGCCGUGAUGGACAGCCAGCAGAGUGUGCCAGCGACCAUGAAUGCCAGGACGGAGCUUGACAGCCCCCGGGACCUCCUGGUGACAGCCUCCACUGAGACAUCCAUCUCAUUGGCUUGGACCAAAGCCACGGGUCCCAUCGACCACUACCGCAUCACCUUCACCCCUGCCUCAGGAAUGGCCUCUGAAGUGACAGUGUCCCGGGACGAGUCACAGCUCACCCUCUCUGAGCUGGAGCCUGGGACAGAGUACACCAUCUCCAUCAUCGCCGAGAGGGGACGGCAGCAAAGCCUGGAGGCCACGGUGGAUGCCUUCACAGGUGUUCGGCCCAUCUCACAGCUGCACUUCUCCCAGCUGACAUCCUCCAGUGUGAAUGUCACAUGGAGUGACCCAUCCCCUCCAGCAGACCGCCUCAUCCUCACCUACAGCCCCCGGGAUGAGGAGGAGGAGGCACAGCAGGUCACACUCGAUGGCACCCGCAGGCACACCAGCCUGACAGGCUUGCAGCCAUCCACUGAGUACCUGGUGUCCCUGGUGGCCGUGCACGGCACCAUCAGCUCUGAGCCUGUCGUGGGCUCCAUCACAACAGGGAUUGAUGCACCAAAGGACCUCAGGGUGGGCAACGUCACCCAGGAGUCCAUGAUGGUCUACUGGAGUGCUCCUAUCACUGCCUUUGACCACUAUAGGAUAUCCUACCGUGCUGCCGAAGGAAGGACAGAGAGCAUGGCCAUCUCCAGGGAUGCCACCGAGUACACCCUCCUGGACCUGCAGCCUGCCACCAAGUAUGAGAUUGGGGUGAAGAGCGUGCGGGGCCGGGAGGAGAGCGAGCUGGCCUCCAUCACUGCAUACACAGCCAUGGAUGUCCCUCUGGGGGUCACAGCCACCAACAUCACUCCCACUGAGGCGCUGCUGCAGUGGAACCCGCCGCUGUCGGAGGUGGAAAGCUAUGUCCUCAUCCUCACACGUCGUGCAGUUGCAGGAGAAACAAUUCUCGUGGAUGGAGACAACCAGGAGUACCAGCUGACCAACCUGCUGCCCAGUACCACCUACACAGUGUCUAUGUAUGCCACCAGCGGGCCUCUCACCAGCCAGACCAUCAGCACCAACUUCACUACUCUUUUGGAUCCUCCAGCAAAUCUGACAGCCAGUGAAGUCACACGACGGAGCGCCCUGCUGUCCUGGGUUCCUCCCGUGGGAGAGAUCGAGAAUUACAUCAUGACCUACAGGUCCACUGAUGGCAGCCGGAAGGAGCUGAUUGUGGAUGCUGAGGACACGUGGAUCCGUCUGGAGGGGCUUUCUGAGACCACGGAGUACACGGUGCACCUGCAAGCUGCCCAAAAUGCCAUGCGGAGCGGCCUCAUCUCAACCACCUUCACCACAGGAGGACGUGUCUUUGCUAACCCUCAGGACUGUGCCCAGCACCUGAUGAAUGGAGACACGCUGAGCGGGGUCUACACCAUUUCCAUCAACGGGGACCUCAGCCAGCGGGUGCCCGUGUACUGCGACAUGACCACCGACGGAGGCGGCUGGAUUGUCUUCCAGCGGCGGCAGAACGGGCUGACCGAUUUCUUCCGGAAAUGGGCAGAUUACCGGGUUGGCUUUGGAAACUUGGAGGAUGAGUUUUGGCUGGGCUUGGACAACAUCCACAAGAUCACGUCCCAAGGGCGCUACGAGCUGCGAAUAGACAUGAGGGAUGGUCAGGAGGCAGCAUACGCCUACUAUGACAAGUUCUCCAUUGGCGACUCCCGGAGCCUCUACAAACUGCGCAUCGGGGAAUACAACGGCACUUCAGGAGACUCCCUCACCUAUCACCAGGGACGCCCCUUCUCCACCAAGGACAGGGACAACGAUGUUGCUGUGACAAACUGUGCCAUGUCCUACAAAGGGGCCUGGUGGUACAAGAACUGCCACCGCACCAACCUCAAUGGCAAGUACGGAGAGUCCCGGCACAGUCAGGGAAUUAACUGGUACCAUUGGAAAGGCCACGAGUUCUCCAUCCCCUUUGUGGAAAUGAAGAUGCGACCUUACAACCACCGUAACAUCUCUGGGAGGAAGAGACGGUCCCUACAGCUCUGAGCCAGCUGAAUCCCUCCUGCCUCCCACCACCUGACCUUUUCUGUCAUUUGUUUGUAUUUUAUAAUAUGAAAAGGGAAAAAAAAUACUACUCGUCUGAGAUAGCAACCUGCCCCUCACAAGUGCUGGAGGGAACCAUGGCACAAGGAAAGGCCAUGGGAAAGGAAAGACCUCAUUGCUUUGCAUCUGUCCCAGAGAAAUACCAAAUUUCCAGUCUCCCUAUCCUAGUACUCUGGCCCUUAACAUGAGAAGAAAGAGACAGAUUUUUUGAUAUUUUUUUAAAAGACAUAGAAAUCCUGAGCAAACCCUGUUAGAAAUGUUUGUCAUGGGGCUUGUGGCAGAAACUUUCCCCACAGGUACCUUGGUGUGGCCAUUUCCAGCCCAGUCAUGGCCAGGGACGCCUGUCCUCUCCCUGCCUCCCUGUCCCCUCCUGGCAGGGAGGUCCCAAGCUUCUUGCCAUCCUCUAGACACCAAUUCUUCCAGCAGGCAGAGGCCCAUCUCUCCCCUACGUGCAGGCUCUGGACACAUGAGGACUAAGUGAGGAUGAGCAAAGGCUCAUCCCAUCCCCAGUUUUCACAGGAGGGCUUGGCAAAUAUCUGCAUAUGUAGGCAAACUCCAGAAUGUCCAUAGCUCAUGUGUUGGUCCCACCACAAAGCCAUCCUCGUGUGCAUGAGGUGUAUGGGAAUAAGAACUACUCCACCAGCCCCAACCUUCAUUAUCCACUCCUCCAAGCUGAACUUGGCCUGCUUCAGGUCCAUGACAUCUGCCUGGGUUAUGCUGAACUUGAUGGAGAAGAAAGGAUGUAACUUAGAAGACUUGGGAGAAAAAUCCCUACUUGUGAUCCUGAAAUCUAGGACCCACUUCCUCUGUUUAUUUCUACAUUCCAUCAUGCUCUCUCUCACUGAGGUCACUGGUCCCAAACACAAGAGUCUCAGAGGAGGAGCAGCAAUAAAAAGAUAUCACACAACUGCAGCCCAGCCUGAAUCCAGCAGCUGUCACAGCUCAGGUGCUCCUGUUCAUGGCCCUCCACGCACACAGGGAAUUAUGGCAAUGCAGCUAAGGGAAGAGAAGUGCAAGCUGAGGAAUGCCCAUUUCCUUCCUUCUCCUACACCAUCCCUCUUCAAUGACAUCACAAGAGGGAUACAAAUCUCAGUGCCUUGGUAUUGCCAGCUCUCCAACAGGAAAUCAAGUGUUUCCCCUCCUGGAAGGGAUUCCAUUUGGAUUUGGAGCACUUCAAGGCCCUUGGAAGAAUUAAUAACUUCGCUCUUCCCACCCUUAGCUUCUCCUGUCUCAAGGAAGAUGGACCCUUUGGAUAGCUCUGACCGUGUCCUGUUGUCAUUGUCCCCACCUCCACAAAGCCCAAAUGACCACCAUGCUCAAGUCACUCCUCUCCAAGGACUCUGAUCAAUGCUGGGCAUUGUCACUGAACUCAUCCCUGUAUCCAAGGACAAUGCAGCUCAUCACUGGAUUUGCAGCCAAAGGAACAUUAUGAAUGCUAAACACUGCUAUCUGGUUUUAUCACACUGAAGCUGCUUUGUCUCAAAAACAUCUUUCAGAUGGCAACAUAAAGGCAUCUUUGCAGUAGCUUAUAAUUCAGGCCAGUGUAUCUUUCAUGGUCAAACUCCUUAAUGUUCUGACAUUACUCACAAUGGCUGCAGAGCUGAAGAAGAGCCUUAAAUGGGAAACAUAACCUCCUUCUCCAUGGCACAUACUGGCACAUGAAAUCACAGCCAACGCUGAGGUCAAGAUUAGAUACAGGGCCCAGUCCUUCAUGUGGUCAGCUUACAAGCCGACCUGGAGAUAGGAUGCUCAGCAACAUCUCAUAUGUAAAUGAGGUGUCCCUUCUUACUUCCCCUUGGCAUCAAAUCAGGCAAGAAGUCAACCAGUUGAGGAACAGGUGAGUCAGAGGCUGCAGAUGAUGGGAUCUCUUGCAGGACAUGGCUGCUGUCACAGAUGGCGGCAUGUCACACCUCUUGAACACCCAAGCCUGCUUUAAGGCCCAAAAGCCAACAAAAAGCAGCAAAUGGAACUGAUUAAAGCCUAAGAAGGCUUUUAGUAGACCAGCAGAGUAAAUUUUUCUCCAAAUCAUCAAGAAUUUGUAGGAAGAAAUAUCCCAACAAAAGCUGUAACAGAGCAGCAGUUAUAACCAGCAGAGAUUGGCAGUGGAUGGUGCUGUUUUCUUACCUACCCAGGUGAAAGGAAGAGAUGUCAGUGGAAACAUACACUUAUCAUUCACAGUCAAGUGAAAGGCAAGAAACCUCUCUUUUCAAAAGUAAGACUCAAACAGAAAGUUUGAAAAAAAAAAAUUCAAAGUUUGCCAAGCUUUUCUAGGAUGUUCAAAAGAAUAUCCUCAAAAAGGCUGAUUAUUCUGUAAACAGGUUUACUGUUUGCAUAGUCAGGUAUGAAAUUGGACAAUAUCCAAUCUUUCAGUGCUAUUAUACAUCAGUGCUGGUCCCAGACCUCUCAUGUGAUACCAGGAUGUCGCCUUUCCAUGGCAUUGGUGGAAGACAGUUGCUACAAUCUUUUGAAGGAAAGAUUUCUAUGCAUCAUGGUUUUCUCCUGGUGAUAACCCAACCCAAGCCCAGGCACACAACCAGCAAUGAUGACCCAGUCAUUCGGGCCAUUGUCCCCUGUUCACAUUGUCCAUAAACAAGAUACAAUUGCCUAGAAAGUUAUUUUUCUAUAUUGCCUUAAUUUUUUUUUUUUUUUUUUUUGGACAAAUCUCCUGCCAGUAAAUUUGUGCUUAAUGUUGAUGCUACAGAAGGCCCCAUGAUUAAGUAGUUUCUUUCUCACCCUCCAUCACUGGAUGGGCUAGUUCAUUCUCCAGCUAGACCAGGUUUGGCCCUGGAAUUCCCAGAAAACAAGUCUGGAUCAGGUGCAGUGCUCAUCUGGAGAGACCUUGGCUUCAGCAUGUGAACUACCACUGGGCUCUGGUGGCUCCACUGCCAUUCUGGGUUUGUGUGGCACAGGCUUGUUCCAGAGCCCAAAAGGAGCAUGAGGCUGUUACCCAAACCAAAAAAUCCACUGCAAGAUGCCAUUUCAUGUAACAGGAAGCAGCACAUCAAAUCCUUCACACAGCAGAACACCGUGUGUGCCCAUGACCCUUGCAGCCUUUCAAAGCUACUUCUUAUUUUUAACCGCAAAAUCCUAGAGGGAAACACAAAGGGACUUUCAUCUCUUGCCCAAUUUCCCUCUGUUUCCAUUCUCCAAGCCCACCUUCCCCCUGCACACUGCACUGAAACAUAACCAAAGAAAACAGGAGUCCUGAAAGGAAAAGCUGCUUUUAGUAAAGUGAUAGCAUCUCUAAAUGAAUUAUUUCAAGAAGGAGAGAGGCCAGGCUCUCCCCAAGGAUAGCUGGGUUUUGGUAGAAAGGUAUUGGGACAGUAUCCACACAAAGGUGGGGGAGAAGUCUGCUUCUACUCCUUAUCUUUGCAUUACUUUACUCUCCCAAAUUUGCCCUAAACCAGGCCACAUGGGCAUCUCAAAGAUUAGUAGCAGCCUAAAUGCCCUCUUGCCUCCUUCCUAGAGGGAUGCUUAUCCCAGGUGAAGUGUCCAGGUGUGGAAGGCACAGCUCAUGCCACCUUCACUCCCAGUGAUGCAGCUGGUGAGGGCUCAGUCAGCAGUGUCCCCAUGCCCACAACAGGCUCAGAGCAACUUGACAAGAUACAGCAGGAGCCAAAGUACCCUCCUGGUGCCUCACCUCCACCUGAGCUCAUGACCUUCAUCCCAGCUCAGAGCUGCCCUCCUGCUGUGUCCCCACCAUCACAUCUGGGGGUGACCACGCACCCCCUAUCCUGUGCCCCCGAGACAUGCCCACAAAUUUUGACUUUAUCAAACACUGCCAGCAAUGAACUCUCAUCCCAAUAAAACCCUUUAAUUCAUGCUUACAUCCACUAACAAAGGGUUCUGUUCUGGGGCCAAACAAGAAGCCCAUCCCUGUUUCUGCCAGCCAAGCGCCCUGGGAUGGCCAUAAAACCCAACAGAGUCCCCUGGGGACCACCAGCACCUGCAGGGUCACCUUCCCCUUUCCUAAAAUCCUGAUGGUGGUGGCAGCUCCUUGCCCCUUCCAGAGGGGAAAUGUGGGGUAAGUGGGAAGGAAAGGUCCUUCCCUUGAGAGAUCCUGAUGCCUAGACCCGCCUCAAUACCCAGCCUGCAGUUCUUCAGAUGUCAGUGGCUUCUCAGAAGGAUGGUGACACAAAGACCUAAACAAACAAACAAGCAGCCCCCUGUAUAUACAGGUGUUAUCCUGGAAAUGUUCUUAAUAUGUUAAAAGAAGUUUAAAAACAUAAAUAAGAAGGGAGAACAGAGGCAACGAAAUGCCUUGAAUGGGUUCUAAUCAACUCAAACACAAACCACUGCAACCAAAUGAGGGGGAAAAGAAAAGUAAACAAAUGCAUAAAUAAAAUCUAUAAUAUAAAUAAAUAAUAUAUUAAACAACCCUCCCCACCCUGUAAUGAAAAUGUAGCUUGGAGAAUGGGAUCAACGCUUGUUAACCAUUGUUAACUGGUAUUUUUAGUCCUGACCGCUCUUAGGCUAUGUAUAGUUCCUUUUUUUAAUGCAUUUUCUAUACAUUAAUAAAAGAUACUGAAGGAG